GCCUGCACACGGCCCUACAGGCAAGUGCCGCUGGACUAAGCGCGAAAGGGGAGAUUGGACUUUAUCACGUAGAUUCCAACUUAUUUUUCCUGAGGACCCCCGUGGGCUUUGAUGGUGACAAAAUGCCUGAAUCUGACCCUGGACAAGAUGAGCGGCCUGAAGACAAAUGUGUCGCCUGUCUGGUUAUUUUGUUUCCUUUGCUAUAAAAUAGCAAUAGCUGGAGCAGAAAUAAUAAUACCCAAGACAGUGUAAGUGGUCACAGUCAGGUCUAAAAAUGCAGUAUUGUUGUGUCAUGAUUUCCUGUCUACGUCUGCCAAGACGCUCACUUUGGAAUACUGCAGACACAAAAGUCCACGCACAUUUAAAGGGACCGUGGGAGCUCUGUUUAUCACGGAGGCCUCUGCAGCGCGUGUGUGGAUAUUCUGCAGAAAGUUCCUAAACCACCUUCACCGCGGAGCCACGUAGAUGGACGCCUGCAGGGGCCGUACAAGCCAACAAGAGGCGGUGACCACGACCGCGGAGCCUGAUGUGCACGGCAGGCGGGAAGGCCAGGCCGGCGGCCUCUGGGAGGAAGGCGUGCGCGAGGAGCCGGGGGACACGGAGGCGCGCGUGGGUCUGAACCGCGCUGCCCUGUGCCCGCGGGCUCCCGGACCCCAGACCAUGACCACGGCCCAGAACGGCCACGGGCGCGGAGCUGCGGUCCCCGGUCCCAUCUCUGAUCCCAAAGACCCCGGCAUGGUGACCUACCCGGCGUGUCGACGGGAGGCGCGGCUCAGCCCGGCCCGCCUCCUGCGCCUCUUCUCCGCCGGCGCGAACAGGACGCGCGCCGACCCCGAGCGGCCCCGGCCCGCCGGCCUCGUGGGCAGCUCCUCCACGUGGAACGCCCUGGCCUCCUUCCGGAAAAUGGGGUCUUUCAAAAAACUGAAGACCUCGGUCCUCCAGGGAAUUCAGAAUCGGGAGGGAUGGGACGCCGCCAAAGAGGGGGCCGAGGAACGCGACCUGGGCAAGGCGGUCCCCAACGGCGUGGCGGCCGGAGCCCCCGCGGGCAGGUGCCCCCCGGGGCCGGGCUUCGCGUCCGACGGCUCGGACCCCGAGGACCCCGACGACGGCUUCGCACGCGGCGCUCCCCGGUCCCGCAGCAUCCGCCGCGCCUACGGCCUGGGGCGCAUUCGCCUCCUGGACCCGGAGCCGCCCGCCCCGGAGCCCGCGGCGUGCGAGGCCCCGGCGCGGGAGCCCGAGAGGAACGGCGUCUGCAGGCGGAGCAAGAGUACGGACAGCCUGACUUUCCUCAAGAAGAGCUCCUUCCGGAGGAAGUCGGCCUCGCACCUGGCCGAGCUGCGGCGCGCGCCCGAGAGCGGGGCCCCGCGGAGGACGCUGAGCGGCUCGUCCGCGGACUCCGACAGCUCCGGCGGGGCCCCCGCGAGGCCCAGGCGCUGCAGGAGCCCGCUGCGGGCCCCGGACCUGGCCCGGGUGCUGCGGCUCGUGGGUGACGGCGCGGCCGGCCGGCCGGGGGACCCCGGGGGCGCCCCGCCUGGGCCGCGGCCGCACAGCCGGCUGCACGACGACUACUCCCGCCGCGCGGUCGCCGGCCCCGAGCGCGGGCGAAGGGGCGAGGAGCUCCAGGACCCCGGGCUGGCGGGUGCUGGGGGCUCGGCCAGUGACGCGGCUGCCGGAGGUGCCGUUCCUCGCGCCCCCGGCUCUUCCUCCAGGCCCCCGGCCCGGGAGGUGUCGGACAGAGGCUCCAAGGAACCGGGCCCUGGCGACCGGUCUCCCGUGGAGCCCGAGCCUCCUCUCGGUCCUCCGAGGCCCACCACGCCCAAGCCCCCCAGCCCUCGGAGCCCCGACGCAGCACCUGCCAAGUGUCCCAACAGCGUCAGCGCGCUGUCCCUGAGUUCAGUGGACAGCGAGGAAAGGGCAGAGGGGCCCGUCCAGAGGGAGCAAGGCCCCGGGUCCUUCCAGGAUGCGGUGCAAACCGCCUGUGACCUGGGCAGUGAGAACACCGGCGCCGGCAGCCACCCGCAGCAGAGCCUCGGGGGGACGAACUGUCCAGAAGAAAAGACGGACGAGAGCCCGCAGCGGCCUCCCCUGAGCCCAGACUUGGAGGACCCGCUGGGGGAGAGCUCGUCUCCAGACGCGAUCGCCGUAGACCCCCAGAAAGAGGACACAGAGGACGGUGACCACCAGCCCAGCGGGGCCCCCAUCGACCCUGCAGACCAGACCGCUGCUGGGGGCUGCCCCCGGGGGGCGCCGAGAAGACGCCCCAUCUCCGUGAUCGGCGGGGUCGGCUUCUAUGGGAGCAGCCAGGCGGAGGAGGGGGAGGCCAUUCUGCCCCAAGUGGCCAAAACGUGA